GAACACACACCUACCAACCGCUUUAUCAUCGCGAGAACAACAUCCCGUCCUUUGCCUGCCUAAAUCCAGCUGGUAUCCUGCCUGCCGUUGACGGUUCUGUAGCAGCUGAGGAGAGCCGCCAGUCAUCAUGGGAAACAUCUUUGGCAACCUGUUGAAGAGCCUCAUAGGCAAGAAGGAGAUGAGGAUCCUCAUGGUGGGGCUCGAUGCUGCAGGGAAAACCACCAUCCUCUACAAGCUGAAGCUGGGAGAGAUCGUCACCACCAUCCCCACGAUCGGCUUCAAUGUAGAGACAGUGGAGUACAAGAACAUCAGCUUCACCGUGUGGGAUGUGGGUGGCCAGGAUAAGAUCCGGCCCCUGUGGCGUCACUACUUCCAGAACACCCAGGGAUUGAUAUUUGUGGUGGAUAGCAACGACCGUGAGCGUGUUAAUGAAGCUCGGGAAGAACUGAUGAGGAUGCUGGCUGAGGACGAGCUGCGAGAUGCUGUUCUUCUCGUCUUUGCAAACAAACAGGACCUGCCUAAUGCCAUGAAUGCUGCCGAAAUCACUGACAAGCUGGGCUUGCACUCUCUACGCCACCGCAACUGGUACAUCCAAGCCACCUGUGCCACCAGUGGCGACGGUCUCUACGAGGGCCUGGACUGGCUGGCCAACCAGCUGAAGAACAAAAAAUGAAAGGUCAGGUCAGUCGGGUGGGGAAGAGCCUGGGUGCCAGCUCCAGGUUGAGGUUAUAAUGAAUCCAUUGGGUUAACAUGGAAAGGUAGUGCUGAAAAGCUCCCAGGGGGUGACUCUCAAUGGCUUUCUCCCCAAAAUACUGAAAUUUGAUCUCUUUAUUUUGGUGACAUUAAUUUGUUUGGGUCUGCAGUGGGUUUUUUAAAAUAUUGAUGAACCAAUGUUAUUGAAGUUGACCUUAAAUAACAACAUUUUUAUAAUCUAAAUACAUAAAUGAUGGGAUGUUAUAGUGCAAUGUUACAGUGAAGUAUAUUUAACUCUCCUACAUUGCAGAAGCUAUGACUGAUAAACCAUCCUUUAGGUUUUUGAAAAUGUAACUUAUAAUGAAUGUCAUUAUAUUAUAGGGGGGAACUACUAUCUCAGAAUACUAUCACAUUGUAAAAAAAAUAUACUCAUAAGUAUAAAGUUUCCACCAUACCAAUGCUCUGCCUCCAAAUGUUUUAUUUUUUUAAAUCUUAUUUUACAAUUAAUUCAAAUGUAUUUAUUUUUAUCCUUAUUUAUUGUUUCAAUCAUAAACCUAAUGGCAUACCCGAUUGUUUAAAAUAAUCGUAGAUUUAUCAACAUCUAUUUAUUUAUUUAUUUGUUUGUUUAAUUGGUUAUUAUCAUGUGGUUUGUCUUCUUUUAUAUUGCAAUGUGCAUUAACUGCUGAGGCAAAAAAAAAAAUAGCCCCUAUAUCCCUGUAUAUUACCGCUUCCCAAUCUGCAUCGAGAUAUCCCAGUAAUGGCUUGUGGGGUUGUCCGAGCUGUGAGCUACCGCAGGUCUCUGCUGUAAAUAAGAAUUAAUUUUCAGUCGAGUUGCCUUGAUCAGUAAGGGUUAAAACAGUUUGUGCAGCGUCAGCAGCUUGUGAUAUCUAACGUGAUACCGAUGACAGACCAGGCACACUGUACCAGCUCUGUGGCUUAGAAAAUAUGCUGCUAUCAGCCUGCCGUGUGAGGAAUGAUUUAUACGAGCAUGUGAUUGGCAAUAUCAGAGAGCUUACAGUGUUUCGAAUGUUGUUGUUUUUUUUAAACCGGUUUAUGCGAGCAGCUGCAAUUAUAUCCAUCAAAAGAACUCACAUUGCUUGUAAUCCUGAUUUUUCAUCCGUAAUUGGUGUGACUUUAUAUGUGUUUGUUGUGUUAACUGUAUCUCUGUGUACCAUGUUGGCACAACAUAACUCUAGAUGCAUAAAUGUUGUAGAAAAUGUAACGUCCAUUUUUUUUGUAUCUCUAAAUGAAGUGUUUAUUUAUUUUUCAUGCAAUCUGCAAAGUGUUUAUUUGAGUGUUAUUUUUCUUUAUUUGCUUACUUGACUGAACAGUUGUCCUUUUAAGUGUUCACACAAAUCACAAUAAUUAAAAUAGGAGAGAGGGUCAUGAUAAUACUGCAUCAAAAGGCAUGUUAAUAAUGUACAAGAUCUGUAAAGUGAAUUAUAAUAGCCGGUUUGUUCAGACUAUAUUUGUUAGUCUAAAUUACUGCUGCUGUUGGAACAAUGCUGUACUGAUAAAUGUUAUGGAUUUAGUGUAAAGUUUACCGAAUUACCUUCUAAUAUGCAAAAGCAUGCUUUUCUAUGUCAGCGCAACUGUAUAUAUGUUCAUGUAACAUGACAGUAUACCAUGGUACUUGCAGUCCAUUGACAGUGUUGUCCAUACACCUGUAGAUAUUGGAGUCAGUGUGUUGGCGGAUAUGUUUAACUGACAGCAGCUUGUGUGUGUGUGUGUGUGUGAUGUGCCCUCUAUUACAUUCAGUUUGGUGUGAACAUUGUUUUUGUGGCCUUAUAUUGCCAGUGAUUGAGUUCUCUUUGAUAAAAGGUUUGUAUGUAGGAAUGUCCAACAUUAUAGUAUGUCGCCCAAGAUCUGUAACACUGACGCACUCGGUACUGUUGUGGCUUACCGUCCUCCUUUCAAUGACUACAAUGACAGACUUAACUUUAAAAAAUAUGGAAAGACCACUGCAGAACAUUCCAGCUGACAAAGUUAAAACAAAAGAGAAAAGAAUAACAAUGACUUAAAUGAUUUGAGUGAAAUAUCAUGAAGAGGAGGACCAUAAACAGCAGAGAGUGCAAAAGUGUUGAAUGAUUUAAAGGUUCCUGGCUACAUAAACUGAUCAAUCAAUCAAUAAAAAUACCAAAACAU